AUGGAACCGAUGGACAAGGUGAUCUUUCAGCAAAGGGAAGUGCCGUGUAACCAGGUUUCCCAACCUCCCCUUCCGGGCGCGGGUAGGGGUGGUGCGUCCGACGACGGUGACGAAGGAAUUCUCAAGGACUACCUUCACAAUAGCUCAUUUCCGGUGGUUCGGUACGCGCUCCGCUCUGACUUGCGACAUUCGUUGAGGCUGUUCUGGAUUGCAGUAGGCUUGUGUUUGCUUGGUGUGUUUAGCUUCACGGUAACGGUGUGCAUCGAGAGGCUUAAGGAUCCAUCGAACGUGUUCGUUGGUGAGGCCGAGAGGCCACUUCCCAUCUGGAGCAUUCCGUUUCCAGCGUUAACACUGUGUCCAACCAAGAAGCAAGCUUGUGCCGAUGAAAACUUCCGCCUAGAGCAACUGUGCGAGAAGAUCUGCUGGGCGGAUAAUUGCUCACAGUGUGCCAAGCUUUUGGAUCCAGUGCGAACGGAUCGAGGAAUCUGUUAUACUUUCAACGCGGUUGCAGGAAAUGAAAUUUUCAACAAUGCCAGUAUAACAAACGUACGGCAUCUCUCCAAUGUUACGAAACUCACCGAAAACUGGGACUUUCUUCGAGGGCUACAGCUAAUCCACACCGUGCAGGUGAAAGAGUAUCCCCGUGCGGCGCAGGACUUAUCUGGACGCUAUCGUUUACGGAUCUUCACCCGCGGUGACCUUAAUGAGUCGAUCUGCCCAACACCCUCGCUCGAUGCGUACAUCCACUCACCCGUUGAUUUUCCGUUCAACCCGAUAAAAUCUACGCCAAUCCCCGCAGAACAGGGACUGGUACAAAUCACUGUCCAUCCGAAGCUAGUACGACCGCAACGGUACCUAAGAUAUUUCACUUCAUCCGCUACGGGAUGUAUUUCGCAGCUGCAAAACCCACUGAAGUACUUCAGCAUCUACACGCAAGCCAACUGUGAAACGGAGUGUCAUACGAACUUCUUCAAGCAGAUGCGUCGCUGCGUACUAGACCACAUGCCCCUGGCAUCUAACACGUCCCUGUGCAACGGAACAAACAAGUAUUUCAAUGUCUACAACAAGAACACGAACGCUCUUCUAAGGGCUGAGAAGAUUCCGAGGUCUCAUUUCUUCCGAUGGAAAUGCAACUGCUUACCGGCCUGCGUAGAGUUUCGGUACACUGCCGAGGUCUCACAGGACAUCGCGUCUACCAGCAACGAUUCGGAGCCAGUCUCCACGCAGCUCGUGGUGGAGUUCGCCGAGGAUCACUUCUAUCCGCUGGUGCGCAUAGUCCGCUACGGUUGGAUUGACUUCCUCGCGAACUUCGGAGGACUGAUCGCACUGUUUUUAGGCGUCUCCAUCGUAACGUUGCUUGAAAUAGUUUUCUUCUGCUUCGUGAAACCCGCUGUUGUUAGAUAA